CUUGUCAUAUAUAUCUUGUUUAGUCUUUAGAUUUUCAGACACAAACAGAAAAGUGGCGAAGAUGUCGCAUUUGCAUUUACAGCUACACUCACUAGCACCACCACUCUCUUCUUCUUCCUCUUCCACUUCUUCUCGUUUUUCUUUCCUCAAACUUUUCACAAGCAACACUUUCUCUUUCUCUCAAACCAACUCUCUUCCUUUCAAACCCCUAUCCAUCAAAUGCCGCCACUCUGACGUCUUUGAAACCACAACCAACCCUUCCUCCACCCCCAACAAUAACCCUUCAGUUGGAGCUAUACCACCUAGGGUUUAUGUUGGUCAUUCCAUUUACAAAGGGAAGGCUGCUCUCACUAUCACUCCUAGACCGCCCGAGUUCUUGCCUUUGGAUUCAGGGGCAUAUAAGAUAUCUAGGGAUGGUUAUGUGCUGCUUCAGUUUGCUCCCUCGGUUGGUCCGCGCCAGUAUGAUUGGAAUAGAAAACAGGUUUUCUCACUAUCAGUGGAUGAAAUGGGAAGUGUGAUUAGCCUUAGUGCAAGGGACUCUUGUGAAUUUUUUCACGAUCCUUACAAGGGAAAAAGUGACGAAGGCAAAGUCAGUAAGGUUUUGAAGGUUGAGCCUUUUCCGGAUGGUUCUGGAUUCUUCUUUAACCUAAGUGUUCAAAACAAGCUUGCGAACGUGGAAGAAAACAUCACUCUCCCAGUAACAAAAGCAGAGUUAUCUGUUUUGAGUGCAAUUUUCAAGUUCAUCAUGCCGUACCUUCUUGGUUGGCAUACCUUUGCAGACUCAAUAACUCCGGAAUAUUCUGUGGCGGCGGCAAGUGUGGCAACCAAUGCCAACCCGAAAUAUGGAGGAGACUAUGAAUGGAACAGAUAGGGUUUACUAUUUUGCUUGUAUUGCACAACCCUCACAACUUUUGAAAUGUCUUAAAUGGCUUUACCUGUUAGAUUAGUUGUUGUAGAAAUUUUGGUUCUUGAGAUUAGUGUGUGUGAACAAUGACAUUUUGUCUUAGGGCCAGUCUAACACUAUAGAUUAAUCUCAACUAUUGAAAAUUUUAAUUGUUAUGUGUGCUGCAUCUGCACAAUAAACUGGAAAAUUGGAGUAGUAUGAGACGGGAGCGGUUUCGAA